CCGAAGAAAUAACAAACUGCAGAAUGACGAAUGACAACCAAAAUUUUGAAGAAAAUUGAUAAAUGCAAGAUAUGUGACUAAUGUGUGAAGUAAUUCGGUACCUGGUUGGACGUUACACUGUUUUUUCCUGUAAAUUGUCAUCAGUUUUAAUAUUUUUCUUCAGGCUUGCUUGGCAAUCAAGGAUUCGUUUACCAGUUUUAAUUGUAAGUUUCCAACUAGCUACAGAUAUGAGAAUCCAAGCAGAAAUCGAUUUUGCUUGAAAAUGUAGUUUCAAAAUAACUACUGGCGUUAGCUAAUAUCUGUGAUAAACAACAAUGAGUCGUGGUGUUAGGGACUUACGUGACUUAAUUUGUGUGUCUCGUUUGACAGUAAGAGAUAGUGAUGAGGAGUUUAUAUCAGAUGAUGACAACGUAACCAAUGAUUUUGAUCGUCUGUCUCUAGGCAGUACGGAUUCAUGUGAUAGCCGUAAUGAAUCGGGGAAACGUUUUUCUCCGGAUUCUGGUUGUGUUACUAAUGGAGAAACUCCACCUGAAGUGUCCAAUUCAUUAGAAUUACCAUUAUCAACUUCAUUAGAUUUGUCAGGCAGUGACUCAAAACCAAAACGUAAAAGGAAGAAAAAGCAAAAGGUUUUACAUACUGUCCCAUAUAGGCAUGAUCUGCCACAGAAACACAUGCCACUACCACCUUUGCGACCAUCCUCCAGUUUUGAUGUAGAUAUAUCAUCUCAACCAAUUGGUGUCUCACAAUCUCCUAAACAAACAAACUUUGAUAACAUGAUGUGUUAUAUGGAUGCAACAGUGGUUUCAGCAUGGUUGACCCGUGCUAAUGAAAGUGUGGAAAAACUUUCCAGUUUCUGUAACAUUGGUGAUAAUUUUGUUCGCUUUGCUCAUUUUUGGUUGUCUGAUUUCCCAGGUGUUGAGAAACAGGAGAUAUUUGAAUUAGAAAAUGGAAUUCUCACUGAAGAACUUUCUUUUGCUUUUACUGUUGGGCGUGAGCAAAGAAAGAUAAAUUAUAGAGAUGUACUUGAUUUAUCUAAAGCUGUGUUCAGGGAGUACCCAAGUAGGCUGCUCAGUUCAAAGGGAUCUCAUAUAUUUCUGGACUACCUUGGAGUUCUCACUUCUGGUAAAAAAGAAGAAUAUAAGAAGAUGUUGUCUGAUGUAAAAUGUUCAACUAGAAAUAAACAGUAUGCACAGUGGCUACUAGCCAUUCGGUCAUUUGCUAUUGUAAGCUGUUGGUCAGCUAUUGUAAACUUCUACCGGAAUUUGAUAGACAGACUUCACCACAGCAAUCCUAUAUCUCACAGCAGUAAUCAGGACAAUGAAGACAUUCAUCAUGUGAGACUUUGUCAGGCUAUUAGAUUAGGUUUUGUUGACGUUGUACAUUAUUAUAAUGUCAGUGGUCAUGUUUCUCUAAAGAGCAUAGAUUCUCAUGACAGGACAACCAUCUUUACUGCUGUAAUGCACAAUCAACCUGAUGUUCUACAAUAUCUUAUAAACAGAGUGAACCCAAAAAUCAAUGUGAACCAAGCAGCUGAUACAGGAAACAGUCCCCUCCAUGCAGCCGCUAACAAUGGUAACACAGAAAUGGUCACCAUAUUGGUUAAAAGCCCUGAUAUAAAUGUCAACAUUACAAACCCACAAUGUGAAAAUGCUACUGCAAUACAUCUGGCUGUUAUGCAUGGUCAUAAAGAUGUGGUUAAGCUAUUAAUUCUGGCAAAUGCAGACCUCAGUUUAAAGAUGGGAGACCUAACAGCUGUGGAUAUAGCUAGAGACUUUGGUCACAGUGAAUUACUUGAAUUGUUUCAAACUUGACCAUUUGAAUGUGAUGUAACCAGAAAAAGGUGAUAUUGGUCUAUUUGAAUUGUUACAGAUGUGAUUAUACUGCUGAAAUUAUAGGCAAAGAUACUAAGAUUACUGUGACCUACUUGAGUUGUCUCAAACGAUACUACUGAUACCUCUAAGGAUGAAGAUAUGUUCCAUCCCAGAACCUACUGUAUUUGAAUCAUUCAAAAACAUAAAUUCUGAGGAGGCAGAAAUUCCUCACCAUUGUUUGUCUUAAUGAAAAUAAAUGUCUGUGCUAUAGACAUGAGCAUUUCAUCCAUGGUGGAAAACACAUUAUUUAUAAUUAUAUUUAACCCAAAAAAAAGGUAUUGAACACAGCUUGAAUUGUAAAAAGAUCAAUUUUGUCUAAUUUCCUCUUCUUUUUUUUUUAAAGUAAAUACGAAAAAGAAUUAGUGGAUAAUAGUCAUGAUAGUAUACUGUAAUUCAGGUUUUUAUGCAUGCAUUUAUUUUAUGGAAAUAUUGGACAACUGACAGUACGUGAAUUUUAAUGCAAUAGCUGUUAAUUUGUACAUUGUAGUAUGCUACUAUCAAAAUUUAGAAUGCAAGUUUUAAUUAUUGCUAUAUAUGUGUUCAUCUUUCACAUUUUUGCAAGAAUUUGAUAAUAAUUUCUGAAUUUAAAGUAAUUUGAUAUUUAUUUGAAUUCUAUUAAUAGUAAGUCAUCAGUUUAACACUCAAAAAAGAACAAGAGAUGUUAAAAGUCAUAUUAGGCUUCAAUAUGACUGAAAUAUCAAAUUUAGAUAUCUUUCAUUUUAGGACUGAAAUGGUUGCAAAUUAAAAGGUUCCAUGCUACAUUUUUGCUUUUUUAGCAGCAUUAUUGAAUGUAUGUUCCUGAAUUGAUAUUUUUCUAAAAUGUGUUUAGCUUCAAUUUUGGGCCUCUUUUAGUUGGAAAUUCCAUUCCUUGUGAAACUGAUGAAACCACAAUUUUUAUAUGCAAAAAGGUGAUAAAAAAAAGUUAUUUUAAAUGUGUCAUAUAUGUUAAUUUAACAAAUUGCUUGCUUACUCCAAUAGAAAUUAUGCUUGAAGUAGAUUUAUGAUAUUCUAAUUUUGAAAAUUGCUGAACAUUGUUUUGGUGCUAUUAAUUGUUUUAACAUCACUAGUUUAUUCUUCAUGGUAUCUUCUGUUGUUAGUUUGUAUAUGCAUUAAGUUGUUUUUUAUCUGAUCAAAUUACAGUACUUUUGAUCAAUUUUAUUGGGAAUGGUUUUUGUCUUGCCUUGAAGAAGUCACAGAGUCUGCUGUUUGAUGGCAGUGUCAACAAUUGUUAAAGUUUGUGAUUAGCUCAUUUUAAGGAGUUGUAUCUCAUUUUCCAUGGAGAUGUUUUGGCUCUGUCCACUCAGUCAUGCUACUGACUGACAUUUUUGCAUAGUUUACAACUUAACAUGUUAAAGAUUCUGAUUAGGUUUGGUUAAAGGGAACCACUAAUGGUAAGUCAAUAAUCAAUGUAACAUUUAUGGUUUACCAGAUGUGAACCAUAAUUAAAAAAUAAAUUGGUUUAAUUUGCUUUAUAUCUUCAAAGUCUUUAUUUCAACAUUAUUUUUUAAUCAGAUUUAAUUUCACUUCAUGUUUCUUUAGUGUCAAGGAUUUAAAACUUCAAUGGUAUAAAGAAUUUUAUUUUUCGACCAAUUUUGAUUGAAUUUUAUCCCUCAUUCUUAGACUGCAUCAUAUGGUUAUACCUAUUGACUUUGAACUAAGUCUAUAUGGGUGUAUAAAGAUCAAGUUCAUAUUUUGCAUCUGGUAACAUACUUUUUACAAAAAUGUAAAACAAUUUAACAAUUUGGCAGUAGAAGGGUUUGGGGGAGGGGGAUAAUUAUGGAUGUGGCUAUUUUUAUCAAGAUGUGAGUUAAAGAAAUGUUAAGAUUGUGUUUUUUUGGAAGUUGAAUAUAUACCUAGUAUAUAAGCAUAUAUUUACAUUCAUAUGGAUGUGUUAUACUCAUGUGAGAAAUUUGAUAUUUUGUGAGAUUGUACUGGUGUACUCUGUCUAGGAAAGACAGAAUUUCUUAAACUUGAGGAAGAAGAUAUCAAAGAUAAUUUAAAAACCUAUUAAUAUUUAAUAUGUGUUAUUGAUGACUUCAAUCAUAAUUCUACGAGACAAUUUAUAAGUCGAGAUGAAUGUUAUUUUUCUUGACUUGCAUCACGUUAGUUGUACUAAGUUUUGUUUUGUAAAUACACAGUGUGUUGAAUGUCUAUGAAUGGUGAGAUCUGUGAUUAAAUAUUUAAUAAAUUAUUUAUUUUAAUUUA